AUGGCCAAGCCAUCACAUUUCAACGAUGCCAUAGUAGAGCAAUCGGUACAUUGUGAACGGGAUCGGUUUAUCCAACGACUACGCAAGCGCGAGGCUGAACUUCUCCAGCUCGCCUCAUCUAGCUGCAACAAGACUUCUGCUUCUUUCUUUCAGCCCCCAGCCCAUAGCAACUAUUUUGUCAGGGGAAGCUACAAUCUCUGCUUUUUCAUUCAAUUUUCAGACCUUCAAAAAUGCGUUUUGCGUAUUCCUUUACGACCUUGCCUCACAUCUUGCCCGGGCCGCAAGGUCCAAAGUGAGGUGGCUACAAUGCGCUGCCUGGCAGAAAACACAACCAUACCUGUUCCGAAAGUUUUGGCUUACAGCACAGAUGAUAAUUCCGAUCCAUUUUCGACGUUUAUUAUCCUCGAUUAUAUUGACGGCUGCAGGCUUUCCAGUGCUCAGAUGGACAGCUUGUGUGCGCAAGAACGAGAAGAGUUGUAUAAAUCAUUAGCGGAUAUGUACAUACAGCUCAGACGACUGGAAUUCUCUUCCAUCGGUAGACUGGAGCAGUCCCCAAACGGAUUUGAAGUCCGUCAAAAGACAGCCUCAAUCGACAUGAAUAUGCAGCAAUUGGAGGGUUUAGAUCCAUUUACCAUUCAGAAUACCUACCACGACAAACAUGGGUAUUUGCGGUCGGCUAAUGCCUACGCAAAUAUGCUCCUGGACAUUGGCUAUAAUGCAUUCUUCAAAAGUCGACAUGCCAUUGAGAUUGGCAUGGGCCGAGAUGCCAUUUAUCACCAUUACCUCUUUUACCAGCAUGCUAAAAGGUGGGUAAACCCAGCUCUGGAUGGCGGCCCGUUUGUGCUGGUCCACGGAGAUCUCCAUCCGUCAAAUUUAAUUGUGAACGAGAAAAUGUCUAUUAUCGGUGUGCUUGACUGGGAAUGGAGCCGCGUAGUGCCUGUCCAGUUUUUCGUGCCACCACUUUGGCUUACCGGCAGAAACACCGUCGAAUUGGCUGGGCAUAACACAUGGCAACUUUUUCUCAUUAAAGCUUUUAAUGAAUUUCUUUCUAUACUUGAAUCCCGGGAGCGAGAUAUGUAUGGAAAUCCAUUGCUUUCUCAGGAAUGGGCAGAACAGUCGAUGCACGCAGAGCCCCUAAUCGCCAAUGCUCUAGAAAACUGGACAGAUAUUGAUUGGUUCGCUUUUCGAUAUCUAAGUCGCGCAGAUGAAGAUGCGACGAAAGAAGCUAUCCAGGCCUUUAUAGAUGAAGAUCCUCUACGGAGGCUAGUUGCUGAGAUGAAGGAGAAAGAUGAAUGCGCCUAUAGCAAAGAGCUUGCUGCGGUGAUGGAUGCGGCGGGUUCUCGGGGGAAACAGUCGGCGCUUUUGACCUUACUUGGUCAGAUUUCUAAUGUUCCCCGUGCUAGCCCAAACGCCAGCAUUGUCGCCUUUGGUGUAACCGUGUCAAUCAUACUAUCCUUACUAUGGAGAAGACCUUGGCCUAGCCCUAACUCUUAA